AAUACGUCACAGCACUGGAGAAAAAUCGUGUGCAACUUCCGGUUCACGGGGACUUUAAUGACUCAAGGCACGAGUCACGUGUGCCACCCGCUGGUGCACGCGCAAAAUAAUCUCCUCAGAUUCCGCUGAUAUUUUGUUUUUAAAGAAGAAAAGGCCAACAACAUGGUUGUACAGUGCCAACUGUGCCUUCCAGCAAUGGAAACACAUUAUCGCAGGACUCGACAUCCAACCUAAGCAUUUGGAUUCUCUAUUUUCCUGUUGAAGAAACCUUUCCGUUGUCUAAAAAUUCUUCAUUAUAUAUGCUUGAAAAAAAAUGAAUUUGUAUUCUCUUUGUGCAUGUCAAGUUAAAAAUAAAACAAAAUAAUGUGUAAUACCAUACUGUCGCCACUAGAUGUCCGUAUAGUCCUUUACAUAAACAUUUAUUCAGGGCUGUGAAAUUCUUAAUAAAUAAAAGUUUUUUUUUUUUUUUAAAUACUAUCUGUCCUUGAAGUAAUUCAAAAGUAAUCAGUUACAUUACUUUCAUAUCGUGGAACUUGGAUUACGUUACUGAAUACUUUUUUCUUGAAGUAAUUUGUAACUGUAACAGAAUACGGUUUUUGAAGUAACCCUCCAGAGCCUGUUCUAUUUGAUAGUUGGUUUUAAAGUUGCAGUGAUGCUAUUGUGCAAGAAUCUUUAUUGUACAGUGUUUGCAUAUUCAGUGCCUCACGGAGUGACUGUGACUGUCUGAGAGGAGAUGAUGAAGGAUUAAUGAAUGGUUUGGGAUUAUUAGGACAUGUUGAGGCAGAAUCGUUAUCUUGUUCUUCGUGUAGAAAGACAACAUGAGGACCAAAUACCGUUUGUUAUUGCGAAACUGAAGGCCGUGAGAAACAUGCCUGCCUAUGACAGUGGUGUUUCUGCUGUGUGUGGACAUCAGUCUGAACAGACCCCUGGACUUCAUCUGUGACCCAGAGCUCAGGAGAAGCAUGGACGUCACGCCGGCGCUGCACACACUCAUGAGUGAGUGUGUGGACCAGCUGCCCUCGCCAGUCCUGUGCCCGUGUGUCGCCAUACACCGAGGGACAUGGAAACACACACCGGCGCACCGUCAGUUCCAGCAGAAGCAGGCGUUUGUGCGGGAGUCUCUGGGCGCGUUCCUGCGCUCUCUGCGGGUCGUGAAGGAUCGCUCGUCCUCGUGCCAGACGCGCGUUCUGAAGAAGCUGGAGCACAGUGUGGAGAACCACCUGCUGAUCGUGAACGCGCUGGAGCGGCAGAGGUCCAGCUACUCCGGGGCCCGGGACUGUACGGGGCCUCGAGCGCUCAGUGUGACGGAGACGCUGCUCUUCUACUCGCGGCUCGUGCACGGGCCCGUGGACCUGCUGAUGGAGAGUCUGCAACACACGUGCACACACACACAUGAGGACUGGGGCCAAGACUGAGCUCAUGCUCGACACUCGCACUCGGCGGAUUCAAGAGAUUCAAGAAGCGCAGAACCCGACAUGAAACACAUGGUGCCCGAUUGAUGGGAGCGCCAGAACUCUGAGCUCGAGGAGGACACGUCACACACACACACACACACACACA